GGAAGAAAAGAGUGUCUUAUAUCAAGAUGACUGUUGUUACAUGUCACUAUAUCAAGGACCAAGUGUAUUUGAUUUUCAAUUGUGUAGUGUGUAUAUCAAAAUUUUGAUUUUGUUCAACAAGGCAAAUGGGUUAUGCCAUCCUUCCAAUGAUUGCAAGGGUAGUCAUGUUGGGUCCUGAUCAGCCUGUGACUCUACACUUGUUUGAUAAUAUCGAGCAAGUAGAUGAAGCCUUGAAUGGGAUAAAAAUGGAAUUCAUUGAUGUUGCCUUUCCCCUUUUGAAAGGUAUUGUGAUUGCUACCACGGACAUUGUUGAAGCUUGUAAAGAUAUCAAUAUUGCUAUUAUGCUUGGUAGAUUCCCACAGAAGGAAGGUAUGGAAAGGACGGAUAUGAUGUCUAAAAAUGUGUCUAUGUACAUGGCUCAAGCUUCGACCUUGGGCAAGCAUGCUGCUGCGGAUUGCAAGGUGCUAGUUGUUGCCAACCCUACAAACACCAAUGCUCUCAUCUUGAAAGAAUUUGCUCCUUCAAUCCUAGAGAAAAACAUCACGUGCCUAACACGACUUGAUCAUAACAGAGCAUUAAGUCAAAUAGCUGAGAGACUAAAGGUUUAUGUUACUGAUGUCAAGAACGUAAUAUAAUGUGUAA